UUGAGGCGAAUUAAAAUUUAGUCGAGAUACAACGUGAAUAUCGGAAAUAGAAGGAAAACCAACAGAAAAAAAAUAAUAAUAAAAAAGUAAAGACCGAUUUUGCUUUACUGUCAUUCUGACAUUGUAGUGUUGUUUCCACUCAAAUCCAAAUUGUGGACUCUGUGUGUGUAAUGCAGCAAGCCGGAGCUCCCAUAUACAAAUGACACCGAAGCCGGUGACCCCUCUCUCUCUCUCUCUCACUCUCUCACACGCAUACUUUCUCUCUCUUGUGAUUUGGGGUCACUGCGAAUUAGGAAUCCUGAAGUUGUUUCCCUCAAAUCAAUGCCUCUUUAAGAUGUUCAGGAUCUUUGAAAAUCCGUAAUUGCAAGAUCUGGUGCUAAGUUGACUAUGUGGGGAGCUGUUGAGAGGACAUUGCAGGCGGAUCAUCUACUUCUCGCCCAUUUUUUGUAUGAUGGUAGUGUGUGGAUCAGUUGAACUUACAUUGACUAAUUCAUUGGAUUGCCUGCUGCAUUCGACAAGCAUAGGAAAAUUCAGAGAUCAACUUGUCCAAGAAAAGGAAAGGAUCAAGCUGAUAAAAUAAUUUGACUAGUUUAAUUUAGAAUUUUAUUAUGUUCAUUCUCUUGAUAGGGUGUUGACGGAAUAGUCUGCGAUUGAGAAUGGCUACGUGGGAACACUUUGGGGAAAUUGCAAAUGUCGCCCAGCUUGCUGGUCUCGAUGCAGUGAAGCUAAUUGGGUUGAUUGUUAAAGCUGCAAAUACAGCUCGGAUGCACAAGAAGAAUUGCAGGCAGUUUGCACAGCAUCUCAAGUUAAUCGGUAAUUUAUUGGAGCAGCUUAGAAUUACAGAACUCAAGAAGUAUCCUGAAACCUGCGAGCCAUUGGAAUAUCUUGAAGAUGCAUUAAGGAGGUCUUACGUUUUGGUCAACAGCUGCCAGGAUCGGAGCUAUUUUUAUCUUUUGGCUAUGGGAUGGAACAUUGUCUACCAGUUCCGGAAGGCUCAGAAUGAGAUUGACCAAUAUUUGAAGAUCAUUCCUCUUAUCACGCUUGUGGAUAAUGCUCGAGAGAGAUUUGAAAUCAUUGAGAAGGACCAGCGUGAAUACACUUUGGAGGCUGAAGACAUGAAGGUGCAAGAAGUCAUUUUAAAACGAGAUCCCUCUAAACAUGAUACAAUAGUGUUAAAGAAGACCCUUUCCCGUUCCUACCCAAGCAUGCCUAUCACUGAGGCAAUUCAGAAGGAGAAUGAAAAGCUUCAGCUAGAACUGCAGCGUUCACAAGCUAAUUUAGAUGUAAAUCAGUGUGAAUUCAUUCAGCACCUUCUCGAUGUCACAGAGGUAGUUGCAGCUGAGUCUCUUUCCGAGAAGAGUUCACCCACCCAGCCUACCAAAAAGUUGGAGCAUAGUCACUCAGAUGUCAAUAGUGACAAGGAACACAAUGAUAGAAGUUGUACCAAGAGUGAUGAGAAACAGUCAACUUCAAGAAACACUUCUUCAGUUUCAUCGCAACGUGAACUGCUGUCUUCAAAGGGUUCACAUCGAUAUGAGGAGUGGCAUACAGAUCUGUUGGGCUGCUGUUCAGAACCUCUCCUAUGCAUUAAAACCUUUUUCUUUCCUUGUGGUACAUUUUCUAAAGUUGCCAGUUUUGCAGCCAACAGACACAUAUCUUCAGCCGAAGCUUGUAAUGAAUUAAUGGCUUACUCGUUGAUACUGUCCUGCUGUUGUUACACUUGCUGCAUCAGAAAGAAACUUCGGCAAAAACUAAACAUCACGGGAGGCAUCAUAGAUGAUUUUCUUUCACAUUUAAUGUGCUGUUGCUGUGCUCUCAUCCAAGAAUUGCGUGAAGUGGAAAUACGCGGGGCUAAUGGUCUAAACGGGAAAUGUUACCGUAUAUGUUUACAUUAUGGUUGCACUAAGCUCAUUCUACAUAGAUUUAUCCUACACAAAUGAUGCAGAUUUGACCUCCAUGAGGUAGUGGUAAGGUCUGUACAUUCUAUCUUCCUCAGACCCCACUUGUGGGAUUUUUGGUAUGUUGUUGUAAAUAAUGCAGAUUUGCUAUGCUACAUCAUGCAGGUACAAAGAAGACGAAAACGAGCUCCCCACCCUCUCAAUUUAUGGAAACAUAGUAAAUUGAAAUUGGCUUAACAUAUUAGAGAUUAACUUGCAGCACAAUUGAUAGAUGUUAUAUAGAUUCUGAUUUUCUCUGGAUUUAUAAUCAUUUUGUAAAGUAAUUCUUAGUAAUCAAGAUUUAAUAUGUACAAAGAUAAUCUAUAGUUUUCAAUGGUUCCAUUUAUUCAUUUGCUUUAGGCAAUUUUUAUUUAUUUGGAUGAAA